CCCGUCUAUAGAGAUAUCUUGUGGCUUAUUCCUUUUCGAGAGUAAUAUGUAGUUAUACAUCAUAUGCAAAUGACCCAGCGUGGUGGAGCCGGGACACCCACGGAACAUUCCAAGCUCGACGUCGGUGUGGUCGGCUGUGUUCCGUGCCACAUUGAUUUCUCCGGCGCGGCGCCAGUGUCUCGUCACCACCAAAAAUCACCACCUGUCGACCCUUGAUCGCUGGAAGGCACCGAGUCGUCUCGACACAAACAACACUGCUCUUCCUUGGCAUUGCAUUACGACACUUGAUCCUCCUUUCCCCCCCUCUUUGAAUUGCCCUCUGGUUUUCUAGUGUCGCCUUUGCUUCCUUCUUUCUCCCCAUGAGCUGAGUCGACACAGUCAUCCGGUUCGCAAACAAUUCCUGCCGCACAUCAAUCUUCUGGUGAUCUCUGCUGACACGUCGCUGCUGCUUGCGCGCAAAAAGACCUAGGGGAUUCCUUCCUCUGGCGGAUCACUGCUACAAAAAACAUACCAUACUCAAGGAACGUGCUUGUUGGCACACUUUCGAGACUAGAGCUCAAGAGCACCGCACUUGCUGUCGCAUCGCAUUGCAAACAUGGCGUCGAGUUCCGACGAGGGCGAGAUCAUGGAGAAUGACGCCGUGGAUUUGAAGGCAACUUCACUGCCGAAGAAGUUUGAAGGAAACGGUGUUGACCGUCAAGACAGAACUCGAGAUAGACGCUCGGCCUCCAACUCCCCCGAGUACGACAGUUCCGCCAGAAAGAACCACCACUUUUCGAGACGCAGCCGCUCCCCCCCGCCGCCCCGCGGCUUUAAGCGCGCCCGCGACGAGCGUGACUACGCUGGUGGAGGACGACAGGAAACCCGCCGCUUCCGCGUGCAUUACGAAGACGGCGCAAGGGAUGACUACCGCCGCUCACGCGUGUCGUACGAAGACCUAGACCGCCCGCCGUCCCGCGGCUCGAACACCAGCUACGACGGUCGCGACAGGAACCGCAGCCGCGAGAGAGACGCAUACAGAGACAGGGACAGGGAGCGCGAUCGCGAGAGGGACCGAUACCCGGAUAAGAGACAGCGUAACCGUACCAGGUCGCCCUACCGGCCCCCGCGCGGUGAGCGAGGAGGUCGCGAGGAUCACUACGCCAGAGACGGCGGGCGCGAUCGUCUCACCGAUUCGUUCCGCGGCUUAAAGUACGAUGACAACAGGGACCGAAACGCCCGGAACGGAGGCGCGGCGCCGAACGGGGUCGCUGUAGGAAUGGAUUCGCGCGUUUCCAGACAAGAUGCUAAACCUGUGAAAGACUCUGCAGACCGUGAAACUUCUGCAGCUUCUCGCUCUCGGGGCCAGGCGUCCGUCUCCCCUCCUCCCUCCAAGAGGACUCGGUUCCUGCUAACGCCCGACGAUAGCGCUCCGCAGGUGGUGGAACCUGAUCAUAGCUACGAUGAGCCCGAGGAGCCGAUGGUCAUUGAUGAGGAGGCCGAGAUCGAACGCAGGCGACGACGCCGUGAUGAGCUACUCGCAAAGUCUAGUUCAGCUACUCCACUGCUUAUUCACGCAUUGCAUGCGACUGACAAGUCGGCGAUUCCAUCACCAGCUCGGGAAAGCACUCCAACGGCGGAGAUUGGUACCCCAGGCACAGACAUUGCCUCACCAGCCCGAGACGGAAGUUCGCCUGGCGCUAUUGACAUUGUGAAUGAGAGUGACCUUAUGAACACUCAUGGCGGUGGCGACGCAACGGAAGAGGACGGCCCCUCAGCUGCAGAUUACGAUCCCACGGCCGACAUGAAGGAGGACGAGAGGCGCGAUGAAAUGCGACACGGCAACGUGGGUGUUCAUGGCGAAGCUCCUGACACAAAGAACGAGACGCAGCCACAGGAUCAACCUCAGGAAGCCCCCGCGAAAAAGUCUUCAGAAGACGACGACGAUGACGAUUUCGACAUGUUUGCUGAAGACUUUGAUGACGAAAAGUACGCCGCGCCUAACCCUGUUAAGGUAGCUGUGGUGGACGAGUCCAAGGCCUCACCCGCUCUUGCGCCGACAAACGGAGCCAUUCUCGAGGGCGACGACAAGGACGGUUAUUACAAGCUUCGCAUUGGCGAGAUCCUGAACGGCCGUUAUCAGGUCCAGUCGGCUCUGGGCAAGGGUAUGUUUUCUGGCGUUGCGCGUGCCGUCGACAUUACGAACAAGAAGCUGGUCGCUGUCAAGAUUAUGAGAAACAAUGAUGCGCUGAGGAAGGGAGGUUUCACCGAGAUUGCCAUCCUGCAAAAGCUCAAUGACGCCGAUCCAGAGAAUCGCAAGCACAUUGUCAAGUUUGAACGGCAUUUCGACCACAAGGGCCACUUGUGCAUGGCGUUUGAGAACCUGAGUCUGAACCUGCGCGAAGUGCUCAAGAAAUUCGGCAACAAUGUCGGUAUCAACUUGGGCGCUACGCGAGCAUACGCCCAUCAAAUCUUCAUUGGCCUUGCUCACAUGCGCAAAUGCAGUAUCAUCCACGCAGAUUUGAAGCCUGACAAUAUCUUGGUCAACGAGAGCAGAAAUGUGCUCAAAAUCUGUGACUUGGGAACCGGCAUCGACAAGUCUGACGCAGCUACGGCGCACAACGAGAUCACCCCGUACCUGGUCAGUCGCUUUUACAGAGCACCAGAGAUCAUUCUCGGAAUGCCUUACGACUACUCCAUCGACAUGUGGUCCAUCGGUGCCACCUUGUACGAGCUGUACACGGGCAAAAUCCUCUUCGCAGGCGACAGCAACAAUCAGAUGCUCAAGGCCAUCAUGGAGAUCCGUGGCAAGAUCACGCCAAAGCUUUACAAACGAGGUCAACUCUCGGCGAUGCACUUUGAUGAAAUGGGCAACUUUGUCAGCAUGGAGCGGGACAAGGCGCUUGGAAAGACAACCGCCAGGGUCCUGCCCGUCGUCAAACCAACGCGUGAUCUGCGCACCCGCCUCUUUGCCGCGUCAGCGGGUAUGAACGACGCCGAGACGAGGGACCUGAACCAUUUUGUCGACCUGCUCGAGCACUGCUUGACGCUUAACCCGGAGAAGAGGAUCAAGCCCGCCGACGCGCUGAAGCAUCCCUUCUUCACUGCGAAGGCCUCCGCGCCUGCGAAGAGGUGAGGGGGCAUGGUGAGUAGUCCCUUGUUGGGAAGACGCCCGCUGGGGGUGUUUGUAGGACGAGAAUAGAGGGGUGUUGGGGGUGGUUGAAGCCAUUGCUCUGCUCCCAGGGUCACCCUGAUCAGCCUUGAUCAAUGGUCAUGGCUAAGAAGUCUGGCUUGUAGAUGUUUGUACGAAGAUAAGGGAGGCACAACUCUUACUGCGAAGCGCCUCUUUAGACACAAGAAAAAGCAUUAGAUGAAAUGGAGA